AUGACUGCCUCAAAAUCCAUUACGAAGAAAUCACGUGUGAUCUCUUCAAAUUGGCCAAGGUUCCUCGUCAUCAGUUCCACUGAUGACGGGGCCUUGAAAAAACUGUCACUUUUUGCAAUUCAAAAGGGGCUCGUCGGUCUAGCCGGGGAGCCAAAAAAUGUUACAAAAAUGAAAAACGGAUCGCUGUUGGUCGAAUGUUCGACAGAAAAGCAUUCUAAAUGUCUUCUCAAGUCGACUAUUCUAGCCAACAUUCGCAUCAUCGUACUGCCACACACUUCUCUCAACUCCUCGAAGGGAGUUAUCAGAUGCCGAGAUUUGGAAGGUGUUAAUGAUGAGGAAAUCUGUGACAAUCUUACUUCACAAGAUGUCACAGUCGUCAGGAGAAUAAAGGUUCGGGGGAACAACGAAUUAGUUCCAACGAAUACCUUUAUUCUAACAUUCAGUACUCCUACCCUUCCACAUUCGAUUAAGGCUGGAUACCUCAACAUUCCUGUUGAGCCUUUCAUUCCUAAUCCACUUCGAUGUUUCAAAUGCCAGAAAUAUGGCCAUGGUCAAAAUACCUGUCGAGGCAAACUGACAUGUGCUCGUUGCGGUCAGUUUGACCACGACAGUAAAACUUGCAAAAAAGACCUUGUAUGUACAAACUGCAAGGGAUAUCAUUUCGCGUACUCGAGAGAGUGCCCGAUGUGGAAAAAGGAAAAGAAGGUUCAGGAGGUUAGGGUUGAGAAACGUCUAACCUUUGCUGAUGCCAGAAAACUGGUGGAGAGAUUUCAACCUGCUAGAGUAGCAGCAUCAUAUGCUGUUGCUGCUGCAGUGAAGGUCUCCACCAGAAGUAUUUCAGUAAAUACAGACUUGACGUGGCAAUGCGAUGAUGCAAAGUACACAAAAACUAUCCGAUGUUGUAAACGUGGAGAAGAAAACUGCAAAAGCUGCUCAGCAGCAGAAGGAGGCAGCUCAGAAAAAGAAGCUCUGGAUGAUGGAGGUGAUGAGAUGGAAGUCUCAUCACUUGAUUAUCCAGGAACAAAACGACCACCACCAAAGCCAAAGAUAACUCCCAUACUUCCUCCCGAUGGCGAAUAA